UCAACUGGUGUUUUGAAGCUCAGGCUUAACUGUGCGUUUUCACAAUUGAGACAAGAGAAAUAUCACGUCGAUCGGUUUCUCGAUUAGUAAUCACCUCGUAUAUUCAUCCAGCAGUCACAUAAACAAAAGGAAUAAGCUCAUCUUUAAAUGGUCGUAAGGAGGAAGGUUCCUGCAGAAUGGCGACGUUAAACAUUUGAGGAGUGAGAACAGUUGGCAUGUUGUUGGAUCUCUCUGUGCAUGCUGUGUGCUGUGUAACAUUACAUGCGUCCUGCAUGCAUCUCUGCUCGUGCUCAUUCCAGCUGCAUGUUUCCUGUCAUCCAUGAGUUCACAUCUCCGUCACACCUUCCAUUAACACCAUCAUGGACAAAAUCUGUGAUAACAAUAAUAACGCUAAUGUUCUCUUCUCCAAGAAGGGUCUGACCAAACACACCUGCUGCAGGUCCCGACCCGGUUCGGGUCCCGAUCUGUUGCGUGAUGUGGAGCGCCUCCGAGCCGCGUUAAGCGUGGAGCACAGUCGUAACCAGCAGUCCUACCGGCGCUUCUCUCUGGAGCUGCGCAAGCAGCGCGAGGAGGCUCGGCAGGAGCGAGAACGAGCGCUGAGGGAGCUGACGUACCGUCUUGAGCAGCAGAAAGCGCUCGAGUUGUUGCGGCAGCAGGAAAGGUUGGGCCGCGAGCGAGCAGUGGAGGUCCGGCACCUGUUGCGCUGGCGGGGUCAAGAGAGGCAGAAACGGACCCAAGAGCUCCAGCAUCAACUGGCUAAUGAAAUUACUGGGAUCUGUAGUUCAAAGGUGUCCGCCAGGGAGUUUGGAUGUAAAGGUAAUGUGGCAACGUACCGUAAACUCGAGGAAUUGUUGAAGAUACUGUUUGCACAGGCAGAUGGAAGGCAGGUUGCUAUGCUUCAACGACUCCAGCAAGAAGUGGACUUAGAGAAGAGCUUCUUUCUGUGCCACCUGCUCGAAGCCCAUGUUCGCCCUGUUUCGGAGGAUAAUGACGACCAAACAGGGUGUGUUAUAAACCGAACCAGGCCGAGGUCAAAGAGCUGCGUGCACCUGCUUAGCAGCGUCCAAAGUCAACAAGAAUCUUCAGGCAAAGGAAAGCUAGGUCUGUUUCGUUCUGGCUCCCUGUCCCAGACUCCUCCGAGUGCUUCUCCUCAGCUUUUGAAGAAGGACUCUGAAACGCCUCCUCUCAGUUCCUCUGCACCAGAAGAGGAAUCAUGUAAAGCAGAUGUUUCAGGAGAUAAACCUCAGCUAUGUUCAUCGGAUGAAGAAAAGGACCUUCAGACUCCCAGCCUGUCGGAGAAGCAGAGGAGCUCGCCGUCCAGAUGUUCAGAGGAAAAUAUGGAUAUGAGUGUCAGGGAUUAUGGUUUUCUCGUGCGGCAGAACUCUGAGCUUCUACGAGCUCUUGAGGAGACGGAGAAGACCUGCAACAACCUCAGAGAGGAGAACAAGAUCCUGAGGAAGAGCAGUUCUCCAGAGACGGAGGAGAAGGUGAAGCGCCUGAGAAAGAAGAACACAGAACUCGCCAUAAUCGCCAAGCGUCUGGAGGAGAGAGCUCGCAAACUGCAGGAGGCCAACCUGAAAGUGGUAAAUUCCCCCAUGCCUGUGAGAGCGGGUGCAGUGGAGCAGUACAAGCGUGCAUUUGCCCGUCAGAGAGCCAGAGACCUGGCGCAGCACGCUGACACGCUUCUAUGUAAAGAUAAACAGAUCGCAUCACUGCAGCACGAGUGCAGACAACUAGAAGCACAACUGCGGCCGGGGAAGGUUCCUGUGGUAGUGAGUGACUUUGAGCGCCUCCUGAAGGAGUCUCAAAAGGAGGUGUUACGUCUGCAGAGACAGCUGUCUGUCACCUCCAGCAGAGAUCAGAGCGGUGCGAUAGGUGAAACCCCUUCAGACAGACAUGACAAAGGGGUCGAGGUCGCCUUUGAAACCCCACCGUCAAUUGUAGAUGAGGCCCCUGUUGAGGGGGAGGAGACUCCUGGUGAGGAGGCGGAGUCAGAGAAACAACUGAAACCAGAACAGAACUCAAGCCCCACCCAUCAGGAGGAGCAGACCGCAGAGGACCACCUGCAAUUAUUGGAACGUGAGCUCAGCAACAAGAGGAAAGAAUGUGAAGUUCUGGAACAUGAAGUGAAGAAGAGACGGAAGCAAUGUCUCGAUUUAGAGAACCAGCUAGAGGACGAACGCUGCAGGAAUGAGAGUUUAGUAGAGGAGGCAGAACUCCUCAGGAGGAAAGCUCAACUGCUUGAGCAGUCUCAGGCUGAAAAUGAGGAGCUAAAGGAAGAGCUCUGUGUGUUGAGCGCUCAGCAUCGUUCUGUUCUAGAGGAGAACCAGCGACUGCGUGCAAAGCUGGAUAACCUAGAGCAAGUCCUGAAGCACAUGCGAGAGGUCGCCGAGCGCAGACAGCAGCUGGAACUGGAACACGAGCAGGCACUGGCUAUCCUCAAGUUCAAACAGGAUGAAAUCAAGAGGCUACAGCGGGCUCAGUUAUUUGCUAAGCGAGAACAUGAAGGCGUCGUGCAAAUGCUGGAGGAUCUGGUGCAGCUUGUAUUGCACAGAGAGCUGACAAAAGUUCGGGAGCUGGAGGACAAAUGUCGCAGUCAGAGCGAACAGUUUGGACAUCUCUCACAGGAGCUGGAUAAGUUCAGAGUUCAGACAUCAAAGAUUGACCUGUCAGGACCCGGCCUGCUGUCCAACUCCAGUCUGGACCAGCUCACCAAUGGCAUGGGCUUUCCUGGUGACACAGACACUAAAGCAUCAUGGGAAGACAUCACAUUCUGGAGUUUGGAGGGUAAUGAAGCCCUCUGUGAUGCUACUGAGCCUGACGUUGCUGCCGUCCUGCGUUCGAGUUCGACUCCGCAUGCAGCAGAGCUGUCGCGGCCCGAACGCUCGCCGACCAUCAGGCACAGAGAGCUUCCGUCCAUCAGUGGGAAAUCUGGCUCCACGUCCAGCCCCACGCCACCCAAAUCUGACUCCACCCACCUCUCGCCAAAAUCUGCCGGGUCUCACCCUACCAGUCCAAGAAAGACCAGCCCUACACAUGAGGUGGACACUGCUAGUGAGGUUGAGGAUCUGGAUGUUGACGUUUCUCCAGCGCCGUAUUCGGUCAGUAGAGGAGUGGCUAAACUUCAGGUCUUCAUCGCACGUUACAGCUAUAAUCCUUAUGAGGGUCCUAAUGAUAACCCUGAGGUGGAGCUGCCCCUCACAGCAGGAGAAUACAUUUAUGUGUAUGGAGAUAUGGACGAUGACGGCUUUUAUGAAGGCGAACUGAUGGAUGGUCGGAGAGGUCUCGUUCCCUCCAACUUUGUGGAGCGUGUUUCUGACGACGACUUCAUGAGCGGGCACCCUCACCAGGCAGGUGAUACAUCCCAUAAUUCCUUCCAGGAGAGCAGCUUCCACAGUGGCAGCGAGCGGCUACACCAACAUCACUUACGAUUCGCUCAGAGCAUCUCGGAGAGGACGGAGACCUCCACGACGGCUUCUGUCCCUGGUGACAAUGCCAAAGCGAACCCCUCCGCCCCCUCUCCGGUCGGCCCGCUCACCAACGGCUUGGACCUGGAUCUAGAGGAAGUGGGGGUGGACAGCGUGCCUUACCCCCGCAGACUAACACUCAUCAAGCAGCUGGCCAAGAGCGUCAUCAUCGGCUGGGAGGUUCCGGUAAUACCAGCCGGCUGGGGUUCUAUCUUCAGCUAUAACGUCUAUGUGGAUCGUGAAUUACGACUCAACGUGCCGUUCGGUACCCAAACCAAGGCGGUCCUGGAGAGGCUUGACUUGACGCAGAAGUCGCAUCAGAUAGCGGUGCAGAGCGUUACGGGGCGCGGGAAUUCAGAUCAGCUGCGCUGCAGUAUGCUCGUCGGGCGGGACGUCUGCGUGGCACCGACGCAUCUGCGUGUCGAGCGCAUAACUGCUACCUCGGCCAGUCUGACCUGGCUACCUAGCAACAGUAACUACGUGCACAUUGUGUCGUUGAAUGACGAAGAGUGCGAGUUGGUCAAAAUGGGAUGUUAUUCACUGUGCCUCAGUAACCUCACGCCCAGCCUGCAUUACAGCGUUAAAGUGGAGGCCCGGCCACACCGAACAGCCUGGGAACUGCCACCGGAAUGCAGAGAACGCAAAACCGCACUGACCUCUUUCACCACCCUGACCGAAGGUCCUCCUGAUGCUCCUCUGGAUGUGCAGCUUGAAUGCGGUCCGUCUCCGGGCAUCGCUCAGAUCAGCUGGCUGCCCGUCACCAUAGACGCUGCCGGGACGUCCAACGGUGUCAGAGUCACUGGCUACACCAUCUACGCAGACAAGAAGAAGGUGUUAGAGGUGUCGUCACCCACAGCAGGCAGUGCUCUGAUUGGCCCAUCACAGAUACAGACGUUACAGGCGGCCCGUGAGCUCACCGUACGAACCAUGUCUGCAUUUGGUGAAUCUCCGGAUUCAUUGUCCGUGAAUGUGCCAUUCAAACUGCCUGCUAUCAUGUCCGGAACCUCACUGCCUCAGUGCCAGUCUGUGCCAGCGGACACCAGUCUCCUCAACACCGGUGCCAACCCAGAGCCUGCUGUGUGUGCCACGUUAUCUGCUGCCAAAAUGCCCACGCUGCCGCAUGCUGCCACACUGGAAGAACACUCCACCGGUCCUGUCAGGGGAGCCUACGUCAACACCCCUAAAGUAGUCGCCCGUGAGAUGCCUCAGCACUCUGCUUCCUGUGUUGAAGCCUGGGCCAACCCAGCAUCUGGUGCCAUGGCAGCACAGGCGACUCCAUCACCAUCUGCCUCUCAUAAGAACUCAACUGUGAGCGUGCCUGUGCCCGUCGUCGCACCUGCAUACAUGGUGGCUCCCCUGACCCUGCCAGCGCCUGUGGCCCCAUCAGCCGCUUCUGCCCCUCCUAUGCCCAUCGCUUUACCAACACCUGUGGCCAUGCCAGCGCCCCCAUCAGCACCCCCGCAGAGCAGUGCACCCCCCGCUGUGCUGAACCCAAUCAGAGAGACCGACUGCUCGGGUGCCCAACGUACUGUUGCCUCCAUCUCCGACUUCCUGGAGGACUCCCGUGCCAAACUUCACACUCCGCCAUCUAGUUCCACUUCCAAAGUCAACAUCCCAGGAAAGGACCCUCUGGAUGUCCCGGAUACACACCCUCUGAGACCUCCCAAUGCAUCGCCCUUUGAGUCGGAGACAGAGGAGGAGCGAGAGGGCAGCAGGCUGGUGUCAAUUGAGGAGUUCCUGCGGCCUGUACCUCAACCACGAAUUAAAGUGUAUGCCGGAGGUCUCCUGGACCCUCCCCCAGACUACCAAGGAGAGAGCAGUCGAUCUGAUCUGUCCGACAUACUGGAGGAGGAGGAAGAUGAUCUGUACUCUGAGCCCCUCACAGACGCCCCCUCAAGGAGUUACAACAAGGCACCUACAGGCAGAUCAGAAUAUUGGGAAACGGACAGUGAUGAAGAAAUCCUGGAGAGGAUUAUAAAGCUCCCCCCUCAGGCCUACCACAACAAGCAGCUCUUCAGCAUCCCAGAGGUCACAGAAGAGGAAGACAACACCGAGUCUGAACCCCACACCAGAUCAUCCCCAAAACGGACUGCCUCGGGCGACCCGCGGCACCCACGGGGACGUGAGGGUCGUCGUCGAUCCCCCAACCACGCCAGUCAAGGACACAAAUCUGUUUGGGCUCUGGUAAGAUACGGAGGCAGAGAACCGGUCCGGGUCAGACCUAGAGUGCACUACGCUGACGCGGUAGACACCAUCAACUAUCUGGACGAGGAAGAUGUGGAGUUGGACACCGACGGAGGUCUGUACUCCCCUCUCCGUACGAUGCACAAAGGACAUGGCGAUAGACUCAGAAGAGAGGCUCUGCUUCGCAGCAAGAUGACCUGUCACAUGGCCGGGGUCGGGCCUUGCUCGGAAACAAGGCAGGGGCCGUAUUUACUAAGCAAGACCGUGCACCGCAUGAAGUCGCCCACCGGACCUUCGGCGGAGAUCGAUGUGGAGUAUGGAACGGAUACAGAUGAGCCUCAAGUUUUUGAUCCUGGAGAGAUGGUAUCAGAGCAGAUGACCUCAGAGUGGUGGGUGGAGGGCGGUAGACAUUACAGUCGCCAUCUUCCCGUGAGAUGCAGACCGCAGGCAGAGCUCACCCCAGGCGACCGCUCAUGGGAGCUUGGAGGUAGAGAAGAAUCUCUGGCAGGUGCAGCCUGGUGCGGUCCAUGCGAUGUUACUCCUAAAUCCACACGCUCUAAAAUUAAACUGGCCAGAGACCUUAGAGGGACUGAAGAAAAUGAGGCGAGGAUGUUUGUUGCACUGUUCCCAUACGACCCUUCGACCAUGUCACCCAAUCCUGAUGCUGCAGAAGAAGAGCUUCCCUUUAAAGAAGGGCAGAUUAUCAAGGUUUACGGGGACAAAGAUCCAGAUGGGUUCUAUCAGGGUGAGGCGGGCGGUCGUCAUGGUUACGUGCCGUGCAAUAUGGUUUCAGAGAUCCAGGUUGAGGAUGAAGAGACCAGAGAUCAGCUCCUGCGGCAGGGUUUCCUCACCACAGAGACGUCUCUGGAGAAGAUAGACGCCCACUUACAUGCUCAGCCUCCACGCCGCCCCGUCCCACCGCCGAAACCUAGACGCUCCAAGAAAGUGGAGUCAGCAGCGGUGUGGGAGAACACGUCUGUCAUCGACUCGUCCUGUCAAGAUCUCAGUCACUCCGGCAGCCUGACAGGAAGCUCGCGACCUCGCAGGAUGGUCGCCAUCUUUGAUUAUGACCCGAGAGAGAGCUCACCUAAUGCAGAUGUAGAGGCUGAACUUACCUUCAGCACGGGCGACAUCAUCUAUGUGUUUGGUGAUAUGGAUGAUGAUGGCUUCUAUUACGGGGAUCUGAACGGACAGAAAGGCCUUGUGCCGUCCAACUUCCUACAGGCCUUUCCAGAGACAGAAGAGGAAGCCGCGAGGUCUGAACACACGACGGCAGAGAGCCGCAGAGAUUCACAGGUGAGCCAGAUGGAGUCCUCAGAAACGCCUGAUCCUGUGAGCUCCUCUCAUCCUGACCCUGCUCCCCCGGUCCUGUCAGAACUGAAACCGGACCCGAGCACAACUCCGCCCGUGACCUCCACGCUCCCCGAGAGCUCUCAGCCGGAGAAGAAAAAGAAAGGGUUCUUCUCCAAAGGCCGGAGGCUCUUCCGAAAGCUCGGCUCCAGCAAAAAGGAAUAAAAGCAGCGGGCUGUGACCUGAAGGGAUUUGCAAAUUGCACAUUUUCAUGUUUGAGAGUGUGUGUUUGUGUAUGUUUGUGUCCACAGAGGCACUCUAUGCUUCUGCAACUCAUUGUGCCCAAAUGGUUUCGUCCUGGGCUCUGUGAAAAUUUGCGAUGGACGUAGUUGUAUGCGUGAUUUGUAUGUCUACUUGAAUGUUAAGAGAUGUUUAUGAAUCUCUUACUUUUUGUUGUAAUGACUGGGCAGAGAAUCAGCAGCACUCCUGUGUGUGUGUGUGUGUGUGUGUGUCUGUGUGUGCCUGUGCGAUUCUUCUGAAAAGUUGUUUGUUGCUAUUUAAAGCUGUGACUUAGGCUCAUGUCUGUUAAAAAGCUUCACAUUCGUAAGAAAACACAAAUUUUAAUAAUACCACUUGUAAAAAGGAAGUGAGAUAUUAAUAAUCUCUGGUGUUACAAUAAUGCAAAGUCAUGCAAACGUCAAUUACAGCAUGUAAAUGUAUUUUAUUAGACUUCUUCAGCUAGUAUUCACAGCAAUCGCAAGCACACUUAAGAGAAGACAAAAUGAUGGAAAUGCUGUGAAAAAUGUGAACGAGUGACAACAUUUUUGCACUAUAAGUGGGUCCAAAACUCCAAAAGUGUGUGUUUCUCCUGGUUAACGCUGCAGGAUGUGGUGUCACUACCGCAAAUACUAACCUGCUGUUUUUAUCAAAACUAUUUUGAGGUUAACACUCCAUCUUUCAAACUAAUAUUUGAAGGAUCAGGAAGCAGAAAGCUUCUGGUGUGUUCGGUUGUGUGGCACUUACAGUUGAAUUUAUAUUUUCUCAUAUUUCUGUUCUAAAAAAAUGAUGUGCGACGCCUCCUGAUAAGUUUGGUUUUGUUUAUAGGGAUGUAGAGACGUUCGGUAGAAUUUUUGUGUGUGACUACAGUUCGCAAUAUUUUUUUAUUUAUUUAAUUUGCUUGAUGUCAAAAACACAUGUUUAUCAGCAUUGUAGGUAAAACUAUCAUACUAUGACAGCGUUUGACCCACAUUCGCUCUGUUACUCCUCCAUGAUGAUUCAAAUUGAAACUCUUUAUCGCAUCAUUUGUAUGCAGAAUACUCAUUCUGAACUACAAACUUUUGAUCUGUUUCUCUGAAAGUGCACGUGUGUCAGAUGAAGGUUCACGUGUGUCUGGAUGCUUCAUGGUUUCUACAGAUCUCAACUGCAUCUCCAGCUGGAUUUGACUUCAGCUUUGCCUUUUCUGAAACACAGUGACGUGGAACUCUUUAAAGAUGUAGCAUGUUAGAAUAACCCUCUUCAUCAUCAGUUCCUGCUGAACUUUAUUGCAAUAUUAUCCGCAGUAAACGUUUUGUUGGCUGCCUACAUUCUUAUUCUGUUUUUUGGCAUACAUGUGUUUUGUUUGUGUGGUUUACAGGGCUCACAUUGAAUCUCAUUUCUCGGGUUUAACUGGCUAUAAGUUUUGCAUCUUGAGCAGAUCCUCGCUGAUCUAGACAGUCCAAACCACAAGAUUGCCAAAACCUUUAGGUGCUCCGCAUGUCAACGUCUAGAGACCAAUCAGCGAACGACAGGCGCUUAGAGGGCGGAGCUAAGGUUCAAACAUCACGGAGCGGAAGUAGGCCAAGCUUUCAACUCUUAGUUAGUUAGUUCAACUCUCAAUAGUUUUACUUUGUUUUUCCAAGAGAAAAGUCACACGGCAAUGAAUUCAUACGCUUGUUUUGAUUAUAUCUAAAUGAAAUAUUUCUGUGGGUCUAGUAGAGACCUUCCUCCUAGCUGCAAUAUAUCUGAAUAACACACUGUAAUCCCUGCCACGGCUUAACUCCACCCAAAGGCUGCAGAUUGGAAAGUUUUCAUCGCUAUAUCAGCAAGUAGAUCCCAGGCCGUGAUAAACAACUAGCCUUACCAGACUUUAUUAGUCUUUUCAUACAGACUUGUGUCGAUUGCAUGCAUGAUGGCCCUCCAUCUAUAUUCUGCCUUAUUUAUUUAAAUGAUGUGUAGUUGUAUUACUGUAGAUGCACGUACUUUUCUAAUAAAUGUUUUUGAGGCUCUGGUAUUGUGGGAAAUGCAUAGGCGGUCACGUCUGCGGUGUGAGAGCUGUUGGUUUUUCUGUAUAUGGUGGGCAGUGUUGAGUUUGAUGUAUUUUUGUGAUUCUGAGGUGUGAUACUUUCAUAUAGUGAGAAAGAGACUUCAUUCUUGUGUCUGGGAUCUUUGGCAAAGUUGACUGAACAUUUUUGUACAUUUUUGUAACAAUCUUUUGAAAAUCAAACAUGUAUAUAAUGCUUCUAAGUCUUUGUGUUUGGUUUGUGUUUGCAUGUCGGAAUCAUGAUUUUGGAUUGGUGACAUGAGCAGUCCGCGCUCUUGAAAAGUUUAACUUGAAGACUUGUUGCAAUAUGGACUUUUUACAGAAAUAAAAUAUAUUUUCAC